AUGGAUUGUUUGAUAUCGUGUUAUAAGGACGAUUCUUAUAAUUGUCUAAGUAUCGGAGGUGCAACUGGCAAAUGCCCAGCGUGUUGUGAUGAAGAUAAUGGCUCUUAUUCUAAUGAUACAAAUUUAAAGAACCUGUUAUCUGAUAAAACCACAGUAAAGAAUCUAUUGAAACUAUAUUAUUUUCGAACAAGUUCUGGAAAUAUUAAGAAUACAUUGGAAAGUUCCAGAACUGAAGAAUAUAGAAAUGCUUGCAAGUUUGUUAAUGAAUGUGUUGAUAUAUUUCGAGAAUUAAAGGAAAAACAUUGUCCAGAAAAAACCUUUAAAGUUAAAACCGGCUCAGAUAGAAACUCUUCAGAUUCUAGUUCCAGUCCUGUAUGUUAUCAAUUAGAAGAAUUUUUUGACAAGUAUGAAACGGUUCUCUAUAAGGCUCUAGAAGGAGGAAGAUCUAAGCACAAUAAAAUGUCAUCCCUAGAGCAGCACCCAGACGCAGCUCGAGUCCGAUGUAACCUAGGCGAAGACUUGUACUACACUCCAUUCUUUAACAUAUUCAAAUAUAACAGUCGUCGGCUUACCCCAUUUGGAAGUAUCGUUUUUCUAAUUUUUUUCAUGCUUUUUAUGAUCCUGAUGAUGCAUAUUCUGGUUAAGUUCACCCCUAUUGGAGAUAGGAUCAACCCUCGAGGGGCCCACGUCAGAAGAAAAUGGAGAGACAUACAAGCCGAAAUUUACUACCCGAAUAGUAUGGACUACUAUGGUGAUGGUAGUACGUCUGAUGCAAGUAGUAUGUCUAAUGAAGGUAGUACGUUUUAUUAUAGUGCGCCUGAUGGAAGUAGUAUGUCUAAUGAUGGUAGUCCGUUUUAUUAUAGUACGUUUGAUGGAAGUAGUAUGUCUAAUGAAGGUAGUACGUUUUAUUAUAGUACGUCUGAUGGGACUGGUAUGUAUAAUGAGGGUAGUAUGUUUGGUGAGAGUAGUAGUAGCUUCAGCGAGAGUAGUGCAUCUGAUGGGAGCAGCACGUAUGAUUCAAGAAGUACAUUUUAUUAUAAUACGUCUGAUGACGAGACAGCGUCCACGGAUGGCAGUUUCAGCCUUAGUUAUCGAUCAGCCAGGCGUUAG